UGGUGUUCUUGAGUGCUGAACCAAUAUCUUUGAUACAUACUGCAGUGCUUACAUUUACAGAUAUUGCAUAAUAAUAAUGCGAUAAUGCAUGUAGACUAAUGCAUGAUGCUUGAGCUCAUGAAUGCUCUAAUGCAUAGACCAGAGCCUGAGAUCAUAGCCAAUGUCCUAAAACAACAUCCUGAGUCAUUGUUAUUCUUUAAAAAAAAAGUCAGUGAUCAGACUGAAUAUAUUUACAGGCAGGCAUUGAAUCUGCUUCCUUAAGCAGCUGAAGACCAUCUCAGUGAUUGCUUGCUCAGUGAUACUUGCUGCCAAAGUGUUUUCAUGCUCGGAUGGACAAUUAAAUUAAGUUUUAGUAAGUAAUAGAACUUUUGGAUCUAAUUCCUUCCUGCAUUUUACCCUGCAGAGUCCAAGUUAUAGAACGGCUGGACUUCAUGUGGAGAAUAAACCAAAGAAUAAUUAAAAAUUUGCCAUUAAAAUUAAAUGCAAACUACUAAUUUUAGUAGAUAAAAUUAAUGGAAUUGAUGGACCUCAACCACCUGUCACUACAGAACUUCAAUUAACCCCAUGUCUCUCAUGUGUCAAUAUAUGUAUAUAAUCAUAAGGUAUCUAUGCCCUACAGCAUAUCCUGUUUAUCAUCUAUACUCAUGCUCAUACUCAUACAUCAUGCUGUAUUGUUGUAGUACUCGAGACCGGUCUUGGUCUCUAGACCGGACUUAAGACUUAUAAGACCAUAACUUUGGGAAUAUAAAUAAAUUGCUCUUGCAUUGUCUGAUAUAUUUGUUAUCAUCCUAACUUUGAUUGGAUGUAAAACGUAUUGCUUCAAAUGCAACCAAUAACCCUAAUUAAAAAUGUGUUGUUACCGUUAACGACUGUCACUCCUCCCCGCGAUGGCGAUGCUUACAUUGAUUUUAGCUCUUAGUGUUUGUAUGUGGGUGUUUUAAUGGGAAUGUGGAUCUGUCUUGACUCGGUCUCGCCCUCCCUCUGUGUUGGUCUCAACUUGGUCUCAGUCCCUAAAAGUCUUGGUCUUGACUUGGUCUCGGUUUGGGCGGGCUUGACUACAACACUAUCAUGCUGUUUGGAAGAUGACAUGAAACUAGUAAUUGAUAAACUUACUGGGUAAGGGUUUACUGAGGUAAUAAAUCAAGUGAAAAGUAGGGUGAUUCUGUCAAAUACCUUUUAUACAAUUGGUCAUUAGAAAGACUGCAGGUUUAAGGCACUUACAUACACUUAAGGCUUUACUUUUCAGACCCAGUGCUUCCUUGCUUGUCUACAGCCAGCAUCUAGUUAACUUAGCAUAAAGACUGGGAGCAGAGGAAACACAGCCUUGUUCUACCUAAAGGUAACAAAAUCAGCACCUACCAACACUCCUAAAGCUCACUAACUAAUAAAGUAUUUUUUGUUUUUUUGACCCGCGCAAAAGCGUUAAAAGAACACAUGGUUUUUACGAGGGUAUUGUUCUUUGGCUGAGGGCAGUGACUUCCUGGAGCUUUGUUAUUAUUGGGAAGUCGAGUGAUACUGGAUUUUUGAGAAUACUGGCUAAUGGAUUUUUGACAGUUAAGAGUAGCAUAAUAUAUUGGCCUUUAUUUCUUUAAGAGAACUAUUAGUUAGAAACAACUAAUUUUGACAAGGAUCCCCUGCAAGUUUGGUUAAUAAAGAAUUAUGACCAAAGCAAGUGUGGAGCAGUUGAAGCAAACUUAUCGGCACUGUCUGAUGGACAAACUAUGCAAUAUCGACUCUAUAUACUCUAUAACACCAUCUUUGGUAUCAGUUAUUUGAGACCAUGUAAUAUUAAACUCUUAUCAAAAUGCAUCCUUCCAGUUAUUACAUAAUGCUGACACUUCCUCUCAAAAACCACACACGCACACAAACGCACACACACUUAAUGUGAGAAACUAUUGCUGCAGGGUUGCUGCAGAAAGCAAAGUCCCCUCCCCUUGAUUUUAUGACUUGUAUUUACAGACUAGUGAGAGAGUGAGAAGGAGAGAGAGAGUAAGGAUGUAGAAGAGCAGUGAUGCACUGGUACCCAGUCCGCGUUGCGCUUGUUGAGCAAGCUGAGGAUUAAUCAUCCGACAUCCCUUCAUGAGCAUAAGGGCCACUCAUUGUGUGAAUGUGGCAAAGAGGAAAAGUACACUUUUUUUUCCUAUUUUUUUUUUUUUACAGCCAUGGGAUAUAAAUAAUAAAAUGUUUUUGCUGAAGCAAACCUCUACGUGGAGGCAAGAAGUUAAGCAAUUAGAAUUUUUAAAAAAUCUGAGUAAAGGUAAGCGAAAUUUGUGAAUAGUAAAAAUGUCUUCCUCUCCCGGUAUAAAGCCUCGGGAGCAUGUGGACAUGAUGUACAUCUCCAUGGAGACAGCCAUUGCCUUGGCCUCUGUGCUAGGGAAUGUGCUGGUGGUGCUGGUUGUGUGUGUGAACCGGGCUCUCCGCAACACCACCUUCUGCUUCAUCGUGUCUCUGGCUGUGGCUGACAUCGCUGUGGGGGUUUUGGUCAUCCCUCUGGCGAUUGUCAUCAGUCUGCGAUUUAACACUCAGUUCUACACCUGCCUCUUCCUCUCCUGCCUGCUGCUGAUCAUCACCCAGAGCUCCAUCCUAUCCCUGCUAGCUAUCGCUAUCGACCGAUAUCUGCGAGUCAAGAUUCCCACCAGGUACAACACCAUAGUGACCCAGAGGAGGGCAUAUGUGGCAGUUUGUCUGUGUUGGAUUCUCUCCUUCCUAACUGGAUUGGUUCCGAUGAUUGGAUGGAAUAACCGUGAUGCUCAAGGAAACAUCAGCAUUUCCAGCGAAAUUAUCUGUGAAUUCACCACUGUCAUGAGGAUGGACUACAUGGUGUACUUCAACUUCUUUGGUUGGGUGGUGGUACCGCUGUCGAUUAUGAUUGCUCUGUAUGUGGAGAUCUUUAGGGUGAUCCGGCGACAGCUCAACCGUCGUGCUGAAGCCACUUGUGACGGUGACGGAGACAGGUACUAUCGGAAGGAGCUGAAACUGGCCAAAUCAUUGGCCUUGGUGGUCUUCCUCUUUGCUGUGUGUUGGCUGCCGAUACAUAUCAUGAACUGCAUCAACUUCUUCUGCCCAAAGUGUUAUAUACCCAAGUUUGCCAUGUAUGUAGGCAUUUUCAUGUCCCAUGUGAACUCAGCACUCAACCCCAUGGUUUAUGCAUUCAGGAUAAAGCCCUUUCGUGUCACACUGAUAAAGAUCACUCACCGUUGCAUGUUAUGUAAACCCACAGAGCCCACCAUGUGCCCCACCAGCACACCAGGCCUGACGGAGAAAGUGGGUGGAAACCUGUAACAAUACCUGCAGUACUCUUGGUGUACAUGAUUUACAUUGACACUUGUGGGAUUAUGCGCUAUUUAGAAUAUCAACCCACUAUUAUUAACAGACACAACAAAGUACUCAUGGGCCAAGUUCAUUUCUGACCUAUUCAUAUUUAUUUGACAUUGUUAGAUUUUGAUCCUGCAAGAAAAAAAUGCAUUAUUUUGUUUCCACUUAAUGCUUCCUUGAUUGAUUCAUAUUGAAUUAUAAUAUCUACUGUAUGUCAACAUAAUAAGUGAUACUACAAACAUUUCAUGUUCAAAAAGCUUAGUGGUAAAUUCACCAAAAUAAACAUUCAUAGUGUCUUCAUUUAAUUUUCUGUCAAAUCAGUUUAAAUACAUUUUGGAGUCUACAUCCAGGCCAGCAUCUCUGUGAGGCUGUAUUAAGGAACAGCGGUGCUUUGAGCUAAAUGCUAACAUGCUGAUGCUAAGCAGGUAAAUGCACUGAGUUUAGUGUGUUACCAUGCUAACAUUUUAUAAUUAGUAUUUGGUCACAAAUUGAAAUUUUUACAUUAUGAUGGCGCUUGAUGAAUAUUCAAAGGUUCAACAAAGUUAUUUCAAUUCAUACAGAAGGGAAUAUGAAGGUCUGUAUUAACUUUCAUGACAACCCAUCCUGGCGAUGUUGCGAUAUUUCACUGGAUAAGGGAAAACUUUCACUUAGAAGAAAAGAAAGGGGAUCACCAAAUUCAUUAGGAUUCAUCCCUCAGGGCUUCAUACAUGUCUGAGCAAAAUUCAAGUGGUGGACGGUCAGAUAGGCUGAUAGACCGACGUUGCCGUAUAGAGCUAAACAGCUAAGACUGAUUAGAUGAGAUUAGAUCUAGAACAAAGAAUGUUACAGUGGAUGUUUGAGUAGGCAUAUGUACAAAGCAGAAGUCUGAAUGAGAUCAUUUUUUGGGGGGGUAAGGUCAAUAGAGAGCACAGUGUGUUCUGCAAUUUUGUGUUUCAUGGAAAACUCAAAAAUUCAAUAUACAGAGAAGUGAAAA